CUUCCUUCAGUCUCACAUCUUCAGCGGACUUGUACGCAGGACCGAUCACUACAAGGAGCCAUGGAGACUUUCGGUACCGAGAGUGGAUUAACUUGUGUUUUCUCUGGGGACGGUGUUACGCAGCAGUCCGGUGGUUUGUGGAGACCGUGGACUGGAGCAGAGGACAAAACGGGCGCACACAAGGCCCGCUCUGUCCACGGAGAUCUAUCUGCUGCGCAGCACCCCAAAAUUCCUCAGGUCAUCCACCCAGUGAAGUUAUACUGGCCGAAAUCGAGAUGUUUCGAUUAUCUGUACCAGGACGCAGAGAUGCUCCUGCGCAACUACCCGGUCCAAGCGACCAUCUGUCCUUACGAGGACUCCAGCAGCGAUGAAGACAGCGAUGAUGAAGAGGAGGACACGGAAAAGGAGCUGAACUAAAUAGCUCUCUGGAGCCUGUGAACUGUUGCAUAAUGUGAUAAUAUAUUUCCUUUAACUUAUUACUGUAAAUACAUGUACAUAGAUCUCUGUCGCUUCUUAACAAGAAUGUAAAUGCUUAAAUUAUUCCUCUAACAUUUCUACCUCUUUUGUACUUUGAGAAGUGAAAUAAA